UCCCGUGGAUUUCGGUGCAAUGCUUGCUCCAUUUUUCCACGUUGCUAAACGUUCCCAUUUCCCCCUUCUUCUCGCUCCUCCGCCCAUACACGAGUCAUAAAACGUCCCCGUUUCUUAUUUCCCCUCCCCCCCUUGUACUCCUCCACCCUCCCACUCGUGCGACCGAGUACCCAUUACCACGACAGCGCGUACCAAAUUACCCUCGUUGCCCGGUAACUUGGUGUCCAGCACAAGUUCAUCUCAUAGAAAUUUAGUAGAAAAUUCGACUAGAGGGUGUAGGCAAAUAAUUUUGUAUUAUUUAUAUCUCUGAGAGAUUGAACUUGAAAGAUUGAAUACAGCUACUGACGACAUUAACAAACUAGAAGUUGACUUAGAUGAGGCAAGGGCGACUUUCAGGGAAUUACUGUGCGAAUCAACAAUCAAGAUUGACACUUUAGCUAAGAAACUUGGAGCUUGCAUCGAAAAGUCCAGACCAUAUUACGAUGCUAGGUUUAAGGCGAAAGAAGCACUACAGGAAACGCAAAAAGCUGCAGUCAGAUUCGAGAGAGCCAACAGUCAACAUGCAGCGGCUAAAGAAAUGGUAUACCUAGCAGAGGAAGGGUUACGAACCGAAGGAAGAUGCUUUGAUCAUGCUUGGCAGGAAAUGUUGAAUCAUGCUACAUCGCGAGUCAACGAGUCGGAGCACGAGAGAGCUCUCUCCGAGGCGGAGCAUAGGCAUACGACCGCAUUGUAUCAUAAAGCAGAGCACGAAGUUCAGAGAUUACAACGCGAAUUGAAACGUACUAUUGCCAAAUCUAGUAUGGGUGCACGUCGCAGCUUGCUUCUGAUAAACAGUAUCGCCUACAGGCACAACUUGCUCAUGUUGCCUUACUAUGAAAUGAAAGCACAUUUCAAUCAAAUGCUGGAGGAGCAGAAGAUGAAAGUCAGUGCGCUGGAGAGAUCAGUCGGCGAGGCGAAAAUGACAUACGCGGAAGCGCUACGAAACCUUGAAAAAAUUAGCGACGAGAUUCACAGGACGAGAAGAUACGACGGCACGGACGACUAUGACAAGCCACGAGACGCGGGCGAUCACUCCACCGCGCCGACCAAUACAGCGACUCCGACGGAUUCCAGCGUAACCGGAUCUCCGGACAGCACGGAUUACACUAGCGACGAAUAUUUGCGACUUCCCGACAAAAUAAGUCCGAAUGUGCCGUGUCCUAUGCCUACGAGAAUCGACAGAGACUCGUCGUCGGAAUAUCUGGGCCUAAAUAAUCUGAAUCUCUCAUCCACCGAGCCGCGCAAAUACAUAAAACGUGACCGUCCACGGAGCAUCGCGACGACCGACUCGAAACAUAUCGUACCUCUGAAUCACACGAGCUCUUCUGCACCGGGUCUGGCGGAUCUGUCGGCAAUUAUCUCUCCCAUUGAGAAGAGAGUGAAAAUCCAAUCGCCGGUGAACGACAGCAAGAGCAAAGCCGCGACUCAAAACGGGGAGGAGUGGACGGAGAUCAGUCUAAAAAGCUCGCCGGACGAGAUUUAUUACAACAAUGACGUGUACUCCGACGAGGAGGAUCAGAUUCCCUAUAAACCGCUGCCGAUGGACCUGAGCCCGGAGACCGCUCAGCCGAUCAGCGCGACCGUUGAUCCGCUGAAAGAGCAGUCCAAUCGAAAGAGGCUCAUUACUCAGAAAUCCUUACCCACGAUAUCGAAAGCGAACGAAGUUACUCUGAGCGAGGAGAAGAAGGCCGAGGUUACGAGAAGUCCGUCGGUGAAGAACAGAAGCAAGCUCGACGGUAGCUUAGCCAAUUGGAUAACCAGGAGUUCAGCUGGCGGUGAGACCAGCGGUGGGAGUUCCACGACUUCAAGUAGAAGACAAUCUCUCGACAUGUUAUGGAGCGGUGGUACGGGAGAACGCGUCAAGGAACUACUCAAUCAUGGUAUGAUGAUGCUAAACAUAUCCAGCUUAACGGAACGACGUUCCAGCGAGCCAAAGACAGCGGAGAGAGACAAGGAGAAGUCUGAAAAGUCCGAGAAGUCGGAGACCAAAGGGAAGAAGGUUCCCAGUCCGUUGGAGAAGACGAUGAGCUAUCUCAAUGCCGACGAGGAGACGUCGGACAGCGAAAGCUUAGCUAGUGUGGAAAUGCUAACGGAGGAUCAGAUCUCCUCGCUCAUGAUGGAGCCGGACAUGAACCAAGUAUGCCAAGAGAUUCUGGGGACUCCCUUGGUCGAGGUGUGUCCAUUAUUGCAACAGCUGCAACAACAACAAUAGCCUUAUCGCGGAGGGACUUGCGCGACCGAGCGGCGAGGAUUCAACAAUAGAAAGUGUUCAAGAUCGUUAUAAAAUGAUAACGUAAAAUUAAGGCACAUCCUUUCCGUUGUGGUUAUCGAGCACACGGCGAUUUGUUUUCGUACUACGCUGUUAUACUGUACGUUUCUACUCGUACGUCGUUGUCAUGACUUUGUAGACUCUUUUUAUUGUGCGAUGUAGGCCGGAACAAAGGAUCGUAUUUUCGGGGCAAUAUCGCUCGAUCCUGCAGGUAUCGUUGCAUUCGACUGUCUUAUUCGGUAUCAAGUUACUCUGUUCAUUAGAAAAUGAUCUACAUGUACAUUUAGGUAGGGGUGUAAUCGUUUGGCUUUCGAUUGAUUUAGGAUUCGUGUUAAAAAAGAAAAGGAGAAAAAAAAGGAAGUGUCUCGCGGGCUCCUCUCGGACACUAUAAGAAGCCUAACGACGUUUUUCGUGGAUACGCUUACACGAUAUUACCUUAGAUUGUCGCUUGUGGGGAGGGGAGGGGGGCACACGUUUUCGAAUCUAUUCUAUAAAAUCUUUCUAAUAUUUAGCAUUUGGUAAACUAACGAAACAUCUCCAUUCGCUAAGAAAGCAAUAUGUAGUUAAUUCUAGGAGAUUUGUAGUCCAAUCUAGAUAGUCGUACACACAAAUUUAUUCCGAGUUGCAUCGACUCUAUUUUUUGCUUGCCUUUAUACGCGACUGCUAUCACGUUGAAGUCUCUCGAAGCGUUUGAGAAACUAUUAUUGAUAGAGCGUCGUGCUACUACAGCGAGAUAUCAAACGAUCUAAGUAAUUAAUUAGACCAUAAACAAGGUUGCGUUCGAGACAUGUUCCAAGACGAUCAGUUAGGCAUUACAUUCAUUAAGUUUAUCCGUGGAAUAUUCAGUAAGGAGAAUUCUGUAGAAAGUUACGAGAUGCCAAUUAUGACGUCGAUAGUCAGAUUCUCUCCGAAAACACGGAACGACGUGUACAUAAGCAUAGUAUAAAAAAGAAAAGGUACGACUUUCAACACACACAGAUCUGUACAACAAAAUGUACUGUUCAAAUUAUCUCAAGACUCCAGAUAAAAUUGAACUUGAAUCACUCGUAAUGCUUUGCUUCGCAAAGGACGAGUGGUUCCAACAUUUUGACGGAAUAUUUUGGGUGCAGGUCGUGAAUCUCGCAGAAUUCGACACGACAUGCUGUUUCAUAUUCGGAGCUUCUACGAAGCUUGCAUAUAGUAUCUAGGAGAGAUCGAGUCUGUCUGCGGGGACUAUGUGACCUCUGCUACCCAAAGUGUUAAGAAGUAGUCGCCUCUGCCACUCCAGCGAGUAGGAAUUCAAAAGCUUUUUUUCUGGAACCCCUACAUGAAGCUUCUUCAACUACUCGUUGGAAUGGCAGAGACAACUAACACCCUUUUAACACCCGAGAUAGCGGUGUAGACACUCUAUACUGAGGGAGAAAUUACCUUAAAAUCAACAGAUAUUUCUUUGAUGGAUACCAUUAAUAUAUUUACUUAAAUCUAAGCUCUAUCUAAAUCAAAUAUUGCUUACCUGAUUUAAGUAAACGAUAUUUGGUUUAAAUAAAGAGAAUUUAGAUAAACAUGUUAAUGGCACCCAUCAAAGAAAUAUUUGUUGAUUUUAAGGUAAUUUUUCCCUCAGUGUAUAAUCCCCGUGAGAACAGACAGCCCUGAUCUCCCCUACGAUAGCGUGUUACAAACACAAAUACACAUACACACACCCGCCAAGUUUAGCCAGAUAUUUUUCAAUAUUUUUUCGCUCCAACCAUGCGCGAUAGGGACAACAAACACGUAUCUAUCAACAAAGUACCUUAUAGCCGAUCGAUUGAGCGCGACAAGCGAGAAGUGUGAUUUGCAAAUACAAAUUAUCGUAAGCAGGCAGUCUGGACAGUCCAAUGUGUUAUAUUCGCUCGUGAUAAUAAUAGAUCGGAGGAGAUUAUUGCGUUCGGCACGCACGAACGAAUUCCGCGACUCGAGACAAGUAAGUUAAGUGAUCUAGCUCCAAUCAUUUCUAUCGCCACACAUUGUGAUAUAGCUCAUAGCGAUUUUAGAUAUUCAGUUGGAUUGUCCAAUCGUCGACGAAUAUUUUAGUGCAAAGGGUGCAAUGUGCUAUUUAUAAAGAGUAAUAUAUACACAAAUAUUUAAGCUAUAAGUUAUAUGUACAUAUAUAUACACACACACACACACAUACCACGUGCAUAUACAGAUCCUAUUUAUUUUCAACGUGAUUUCCCGCGAUCGGCGUUAAUUGACGACACCUUUCAUACAGCGUUUGUCAAUUUUUACAUGAGGACAACACAUGGUGGCAAUUAUAUUUUCUAACAAAGAUUAUUUUACAAUUGAUACGAUCGCGAUGCGCAGGGAAAAGAAGAGAGAGGGACUCGUCUGCAUGCGCAACGCGUACACAACGUAGUUUAUAAUCGUCGAUAUUGUAAAAGCGAGCGAGAUAAAUAUCGAUUAUUGGGAAAUAUCAUGUUUUCAAGAUACAUCGUGGCUUCUGCGCGCGUAUACAAAGUCCAUUAUUGCCACUUUUCGGUAAUGUAAUUUACUCUUUAAAGCCUGUGGUCCCUCAUCUUGAUUGACGAUGUCAGAGACGAGAAAAUACACGUUGGAAACUCUUGCGAAAUAUGUUGAGACACGUUUACGAAAUAUUUGCAACCGAUCGAGCAGAUUCGCAAAAUAGUCCGAGUACUUUCCCAUUGCUCCAGUAAUCGACAAAUAGCCGUAAAAUUAACGUGACCAAAUCGUGAGGAAAGGUGGUCUAAAGAGAAAGGUUGCAUGUCACAUCAAUUUCACGGUUACUUAUUGACUGUUCGAAUAAAGGGAAAGUGUACGGACUAUUUUGCAAGUCUGCUUGAAAUUGCGGGCGUCACUUGGUGGACACGUCUUUUUACUUCAACAUAUCUCGCGAGAAUUUUGAGCGUGUAAUUUCUCGAUUCUGACGUCAUCAGUCGAGAGUCCUGCGGCGAGGAGCCAAAUGCUUAAGAAAGUUAAACAUUUUGAAAAAAACUCUUUUUAACCAAUUUUUUGUGUACCCAGAAAGCAGGUAGAUAAAUAAAUGUUUUUUCAUUGAAUUAGUCAUCUUUUAAACUGUUGAAAAAUAUUUUUCUAUUUGAUGAAAUACAUUUUUAUUUUGCUAUAAAAUGUACCCUGCACCUGGAGUCCUUAAAAGUCAUCUGAAAUAAAAAGAACCUAAAAUGUUCUUAAAGUAUAUGAAUGUGUGCAGUUUCAGUUAAGCGUACAGAUUUUUUACGAUUAACAUUUCCUCAAAAAAUGCCAAUAAAAAUGUUACUUUUAUUUUGAACGGUUUUCGAAGAUUUUUUUUAAACGUGCGUUAUUUUGCGAAUAAUUAAAAUAUUAAAAUUUUCGUACGCUUGACUGAAACUACAUUCAUAUGCUUGAAGAAAAUCUUAGGCUUUUUUUAUUUCAGAUGACUUUUAAGGACUCCAGGUGCAGAGCCUACUAUAGACACAUUUUAUACCAAAAUAAAAAUGUAUUUCAUUAAAUAGAAAAAUAUUUUUCAACAGUUCAAAAAAUGACUAAUUCAAUGCAAAAACAUUGAUUUAUCUACCUGCUUUAUGGACGUCACAAAAAAAUUCGAUAAGAAGAGCUUUUUUCACAGUGUUUAUCUCCUUUAAGGCCCGCAUUUGUAUUCUACAUUUAAUGACGCUAAAUGCAAGGAUACGAAUGCGAGCCGGAAUCUUUGCAUGUACAAAAUGCGACCAAGCGCGCUGUUUAAAUACGCAUCCGCUGAUUCGAAUUAUUUAUUCUUAUCGUUGCUCAAGUACGCUGUAAAAAAAAGAAAACAAAGAGAGAUCGAUUGAGACCCACGACGCGACGUUACUCGUCGGACUUGAUGAACGACUCUCCCGAAUUGAAUUUUCGCGAGGGAAACGCGGCACCGUCUCUCACAUCACCUUGGCUCUCCGUGUGAAUCUAGACUACUAGAGAAUAGAGAGGCUCGAAAGUAGGACUUGUAGACGCGCGAUUCUUCCAUUCUAUUAUCCAUAAAGGAGAGUGUACGAGCUUCGGGGGCGCGAAAAUUAUACGUCGAAAUUCCACACAUAAUCACAGCGCUAUCGCGUACGUUCGAAAAAUCUUGCCGCCGGCACGAGAUCCGACAACAGUGAGAUGCGACGGUAGCGGUAACAAAUUAUAUUGUACAUACCUAAUAUUGUAUAUGUGAAUGUAACUAUAUGUAUAUAUUAUUAUCCUCAUUAAAACCUCAUUGCGAAAAUA